AUGUCUAACGCAUGUGCUAUUGCUGCCAGCUCUCCGGAGUACGGGCUCUAUUCUGCUCUGGCGCCCAGUGUCACGGAAGAAGUCUUCAGUUUCAGUUUUCGAUAUCACGGGGGCUGCUUCUCGAGCGCCACCCCAAAUCCUACGAACCCAUUCCGCGCUGAGCUGCUGACCGCGGCUUGCAUUGUUCCGCCCGGUGCAGUCUUAUAG